UAAAUACAUAAACCUUCAUCUCAAACUCAUAAAUCCAAUUCACAAAAUCAAAAAACAUGGUCAAAAUCGGCACAAAACUGCCUAAUUUCUGCUUAAACCGGAUUAGGCCUCUAGCCCGGGUUCGUUCGCCUCCCAACAAUGCUAAUUUUGCCGAUCAAGAGAAAAAGGACACUUGUGAGAAGCCAGCUGCCAAUGGCCGGAAAAUAAUGAUCGUGGUGGAUCCGAGCGCUGUGGCUAAGAACGCAGUGCAGUGGGCCCUCAGCCACGCCGUUCAAAAUCAAGAUUUGGUGGUUUUGCUCUAUGUCAUUAAGCCUUCAAAACAAGGUGCAGGGGAUGGAGAGGUUAAAAAUGAUUCAAGAAUUCCUGCAUUUCUCACUAGUAUGAAGAGUAUGUGCCAAGUGAAGAGGCCUGAGGUGUGUGUGGAGGUUGAGGUGGUGGAAGGGAAAGAAAAGGGCCCUGCUAUAGUGGAGGCGGCUAGGAGCCAAGAGGCGGCGCUACUGGUGGUUGGGCAGAAGAAGCGGUCAGUGACGUGGCGGCUAAUGCUGACGUGGGCGGGGGGAAGGGUGGCGGCGCCCGCAGCUGGUGGUGGAGUGGCUGAGUAUUGUGUACAAAAUGCUAGUUGUAUGGCCUUGGCUGUGAGGAGGAAGAGCAAAAAAGUUGGGGGAUAUCUUAUCACUACUAAAAGGCAAAAAGAUUUUUGGCUAUUGGCUUGAUCAAUUUUGUUUCAGUUUAAUUUAUUUUUGUGUGUAGUUACAUUACUUGGUUUGUAAUGGGGAAAAUUGAAUUUGAUGAUUGAGUAGUUGUAUAUAAAAUUGAUUGUGUUUUGGUAUAGAGAGAUUAGUGUGGUGUACGUAGGAUGUGAAAUGUAGUUAACAUUAUUGGCAUAUAAACAAAUAAGUGAAGUUGUGUUUUAUAA